AAUAAAGUAUCAUGAAGAUCUGCAACAUAAGAAUAAACUGAAAAAGUACAACAAAUUAAAAUAUGGUUGCAAUGUGCAACAUAAACAGAAACUGAAAGAGUACAGCAGGUUGAGAUAUUGUACUAAUGAAACAUAUAAGUUUAAAAUAAAGGAAAGAAGUAAGAUAAAGUAUGCAAAAAAUCCAUUACAUAAAGAAAAUAUGAAAAAAUAUAACAAAACGAAGAAAGAGCACCUAAAACAAAAACAACAGUUGUUCGAUGUUGUUAAAAACAACUUUGCACAAAAGGUUAAUUCAGACCUAGACUUUGUUUGUUGUGUUUGUCACAGAUUGUUAUUUAGGCAACAAGUGUUAUGUUGUCAAAGAGAUCAUUACAAUCAAAAUUCAAGCACAGCGUUAUUAGCUCAGAAAUGUAUUACUGAUGUGUUUUUACACAAGUGCAACAAUGAAUGUGUUCUGCCUUGUAAAUUGAUGAAAUCAAAUAAAGGUCAGCUUUGGAUUUGCUUUACUUGUCACUCUAAAUUGAAAAGGGGUGAAAUGCCAGCAGAAAGUGCCAUUAACAAUCUAGAACUACAACCUAUACCAGAAGAGUUGUGUUCUCUUAAUAGUUUAGAACAACAUUUAAUAGCAUUGCAUAUUCCAUUUAUGAAGAUGUUGGCAUUACCAAAAGGUGGUCAAAAUGGAGUACAUGGUCCUGUGACAUGCUGUCCAGCUAAUCUUAAACACACAACAAAUGUUUUGCCCAGAACAAAUACUGACAAUUCAUUAGUGUGCAUCAAGUUAAAACGCAAAUUAACAUAUAAAGGUCAUUAUAAAUAUCAGUAUGUUGAUGCAAAUAAUAUUAAACUGGCAUUGUGUUACUUAAAAAAACAUAACAAGUAUUAUUCAGAUGUAAUGUUUAAUGAAGAUUGGUUAAAUGAGUUUCAUAGGCAAGAUAUUGCAGAAAAUGAUGAUAAUAGCAUAGAGGAGACUAAUGUGGAAAAUGCAAAUGAUGAUGAGGAGUUACAUGACAGACAACAGCACUGUGUUUUUAUGGACACUUGCUUACAACCAGUUGAUAUUGGGCAAGAAGUACUUGAUCAAUAUGUUGACAAUAUCUUGAGCGUGGCACCUGCUGAAGGAAACAAUCCUGUGAAACUGCUUACAGAUGAAACUAAUGAGGCAAAAUGUUUUCCUGUUUUAUUUCCUAACGGUUGUCCAACAUAUCAUGACAAAAGGGCAAAGAGAUUAACACUAUCAAGAUAUUUUAACAAUAGAAUAUUACAUGCAGAUGGAAGAUUUGCACAAAAUACUGAAUACAUUUUUUUUGCACAAUAUUUAUCAGAGGUACAACAGGUUUUAUCUAAUGUCUCCAUAGCUCUAAGAAAAGGGCAAGGAUGUCAUAAGUCCAUAUCAAAUGACAUGUUUAAAGACACAGACUCUUUGAAAAAAAUACUUAAUUUUGAUGAAGGCUAUAGGUUUUUAAAGCCAAUAAGAGGCACCCCUGCAUUUUGGCAAGGUGUGCAAAAAGAUUUGUUUGCAAUGGUUCGACAGCUGGGCAUUCCCACAUGGUUUUGUUCAUUUUCAUCUGCUGACAUGAGAUGGACCAAUUUGAUGUCAAGCAUUUUAAAACAAGAAGGAAGAGUAGAAACAUCAGAUCAGUUAGAAUGGUCUGAAAGAUGUGCGAUUUUGCGUAAUAAUCCUGUCACUGCAGCACGUAUGUUUGAUUUUAGGUGGCAUUGUUUUCUCAAAGAGGUCCUUAUGUCACCUCUUCACCCUAUAGGGGAAAUUGUUGAUUAUUUCUAUAGGGUUGAAUUUCAACAGCGAGGUUCACCUCAUGUUCAUUGUUUGUUUUGGAUAAAAAAUGCUCCACAAAUAGAUAAACAAUCUGAUGAAGAAGUAGUUGAAUUUAUAGACAGAUAUGUUUCUUGUGAGGUGCCCACUGAAAAUGAGGAGCUACACAGCAUUGUUACAUCUGUGCAACUUCAUAGUAAACACCAUUCUAAAACUUGUAAAAAGAAAAACACAGUUUGUCGUUUUAAUUUUCCUAAACCUCCAUCGUUGCGAACAUUUAUAUGUCGUAGAAAAGUUGAAGAUGUGCCUGAGAAAGAUGUGUCCAACAAAGAUGUUUCUUGUGAUAGUUGUCAAAAUAACAAGAGAGAAAAACUAAAUGAAUGUACAAAUCCUGAUAUUAACGACAAAUUAAAUGUAAAAUAUGCUCAUGAUAUAAUGGCUACAGUGAAGAAAGCUGUUUUAGAUCAGAACAUAAAAUCUAUGGAAGAAUUGUUUGGCAGUGUAGGUAUAAAUCAGGAUUUAUUUGAAAUGGCAUAUAAGUGCAUAAAUAAUAACACACACAUUGUUUUAAAACGACAGUUAAAUGAAGUUUGGGUUAAUCAGUAUAACAAGUUUGCCCUUCAGUGCUGGAAUGCUAAUAUGGAUAUUCAAUAUGUAACUGAUGCUUAUGCCUGCAUUGUUUAUAUAAUUUCUUAUAUUUCAAAAUCAGAAAGAGAAAUGGGUUUGUUGUUAGCCAAUACACAGCGGGAAGCAUCAACUCAAGGAAAUACUGAUGCAAGGCAAGCUUUGAGGAAAUUAGGUAGCGUGUAUUUGCAUAAUCGUGAAGUUAGUGCACAAGAAGCAGUGUACAGAUUAACAAAUAUGCAUUUAAAGGAGUGCUCAAGACAUGUUCAGUUUAUUCCCACAGGUGACGAUACUGUUCGUAUGAGUUUACCAUUAAGUGUUAUUCAAAACAAAUUGGAGUCUGAACAUUUGAAAAGCGAAGAUAUAUGGAUGACAAGUUUUGUGGAUCGUUACAAGAAUAGACCAAAUCAGACCGCUUUUGAUAAUAUGUGUUUAGCUACAUUUGCAUCUGAGUAUCGCAUUGCAUAUCAUGGUACAUCUUCUGCUAAUAAAAUAAAGUUAAAAAACAAUUUAGGUUUCAUUGUAAAAAGAACACGUACUCAACCUGCUAUUGCGCGUUUUGCUAGAUUCUCAGUGACAAAGAGUCCUGAAAAAUUUUAUCAAAGUUUAUUACAGUUGUUUCUUCCCUAUCGUGUAGAUAGUCAGUUAAAACCAGUGGGCUUUAAUAAUUUUGAACAGUUUUACAGGGAAGGUGAAGUUUUUUUAAGCAAUGGAUCUGUACAUUUAGUGCACACUGUAGUAAAUGCAAAUAGAGCACUUUUUGAAAAAGAUGCAGAUAUGCUGGAUACUGCACAAACAGCUGUAGAUAAUGAUGGAAUAUUAGAAAAUGCAUGGUGUUUGCUCUGCCCUGAACAACAAUUAGAGCACUUAGAAAGUGCGCAAUUAAGACGUGAAUCUCUCCAACACAUAAACGAAACUGAAAGUUGUAUUCCAGAUUUAGCUUUUAAUAGUGAACCGCUUCCUCAGUUAGAGAAAAAAAAAUACUCUGAGUCAUGUAGAUGGUUUGAGUUUAAUUCGUUCUUUAAACAAAACCCAGAUGGCAAUUUUCAAUAAGAUUAGACAGUGGUGUCUAGAUAAAAUUAGAGGAGAAAACCCAAAACCAUUUCAUAUUUUUAUUACUGGUGGAGCAGGCACUGGAAAAAGCCAUUUAAUUAAAGCCAUAAAAUAUGAAGCAACAAGAUUGUUGUCACAAAUUGCU